AAAUAACAAAGAUUGUACAGCUUUUAAACACAUGGUAUCAAGGAAAGUACUUUAUGAUCUUGUAAUCCAGGUUGUCUUAAACAAAAUCAGAUUUCUACACCUUUUCCUGGCUCUGGAGAGAAUCCAGAAAGGGAUGCCUGAUUUUUUUUUGUUUUUGUUUUUUUUUUUUAUCAAGGCUAGCAUUCCUAUUGGCUGUUGGCUUGGUCCUGUGAUGAUGAAGAUACAAUGGUGGAGCUCUACACCAAACUAUACCUAGAAGUGUUCAGAUACUGUAGCAACAAAAACGUGUCUUCAACGCGGAAUAUUGUGGAAUUUCUUAAUUACAUAAAACUGGAGGCAACAGACUGAUAGCCUGGUAGAAGGGGGUGGAUUUUUGUUCUUUAUUUAUUAAUACGUUGGUAAAUAAUUUUUGUGAGCCAGGGCCUGUACAUAAGUACAACUGUUUGGAUUCCAUAGAAAAAUCUUGACGAUAAGGAGGGAGCUGGCUGGGUUAUUUGACCAUAUAACAAACUUUCCAGUACGCUUCAGAGCGAGGCUGAGACGGGAAAUGCUAGCUAAAAGUAAGACAAAGACUAAUUGCCCCUUUUUGACCAGGACUGUACCAUUUUUAAGCUCCAUGCAUGGCCCCCAUUAAUUUAUUUUGCCAAUGUGAUUAGCUCAUAUUGAAUGUAAGAGACAGACAGAUCAUUCAUCCAAUCAUCCUCUGAGAUUUUUUGAAGGGUUCUGCCCUUCCAAAACACCGUGAAUGGGCUAUUGCCCACAUGCAAGUGAUUUAUUGUCUAUGGGAUGCAUAUGGACAGCAUGUGUCACGUAUCAGGUUACAUACAGGUUUUGCAUCUGCUUUUUACUAGAUUAUUUCCAAACAAGGACAGAUUGUAAAAAUUCAGUAUUGUUAUUUGCGUUCUUGUCAUGCAUGAAUGUUUGCAGUACUUCUGAGUCUUUGGCAUGAUUCACCUUUUUUAAACAAACAGUGCCCCAUUCAGGAGCUGAAACACCAACACAGCAGCUGAAAGGGAACUGUUUGAACAAGGAGAAGCUCUCCUGUACUUAGCAUAGAGGAUGUAGCUGCAGAAGAAGGAUCUGAGGUCACACGUUAGAGAAUAAUGCAAAUGCCACAGAGCUGACUGGAUGCAGACAUACAACAAACAAAGUUUUGCAAUGUCAUGCACAAGUACAUGGCAAUUUUCUGUUGCUCAAUUUCACACUUCAUUUACAUUUAAGCUCCUUUUGCUGCAUGUAAUCCCUGUGUCUUUUGAAAAACAUCAUCUUACUGGAAUGCUUUAGCGUGAUGCAUUUAUCAAUGGUUAGAAUAUAUAAGACAAAAUCAAUCCUUUUGAUUUUUCGAACUUUUUGUGCAACCUUAAAUGAGUGAAACCCAAAGCCCACUACUCCUGCAAACACAAAAUCAGAAUGAUGCAUUGACUCUAUAGAUUCAGGUUACUUGUAGGUGUGGCCCUGUUUGUAUUUCAGCUGUGGUCGAAGCUAUCUCAUUACAGAUUUGCUUAGGGCAGUAGCUGUCUGUGCAGCCUCACCUGUCCACCAAAGCCCCGCCCUGUGGUCCCAACCUCACCUGAGGCUGCUAUAAAGGAAGCUGAGAGAAGACACAAUCACUCCGACAGCGCUCAAAAAGGAGACUUAACUUUGAAACUCGAGAAUGACAUCCACUGCAGACCGUCUGGCCCAUCAGCAGAAGAAGGAGCAGGGCAUCGGCACCAAGCAGCACGCAGUGAAGUUCUCCCAGCAGGAUUAUGAGAGUCUGAGGCAGCAGUGUCUACAGAGCAAGAGUCUCUUUGAAGACCCCUGCUUCCCAGCUGAAGGGAAGUCUCUGGGAUACAGCGAGCUGGGACCGCACUCACCCAAAACCAGGGAUGUUGUUUGGAAGAGACCAACGGAGCUGUGUUCAGACCCAAAGUUUAUUGAUGGUGGAGCCACAAGGACGGACAUUUGCCAGGGAGCUCUGGGUGACUGCUGGCUCCUGGCUGCUAUCGCCUCUCUGACUCUCGACCAGCGGAUCCUGGCUCGGGUGGUUCCUCCUGGACAGAGUUUCACUGAUGGUUACGCUGGGAUUUUUCACUUCCAGUUCUGGCAGUUUGGUGAGUGGGUGGACGUGGUGAUCGACGAUCGUUUACCCACCAAAGAUGGUGAGCUGCUGUUUGUCCACUCAGCUCAGGGCUCUGAGUUCUGGAGCGCUCUGUUGGAGAAAGCCUACGCCAAGGUGAAUGGCUGCUAUGAGGCCCUGGCUGGAGGAAACACCAUCGAGGGUUUUGAGGAUUUCACUGGAGGAAUCGCAGAAGUUUAUAAUUUAUACAAAGCUCCAGAGAAGCUCUUCCACAUCAUUAAGAGGGCGCUGAAGCUGGGCUCACUGCUGGGCUGCUCUAUUGAUAUCAACAGUUCCAGUCAGAGGGAGGCAGUGACUAUGCGCAAACUGGUGAAAGGACAUGCAUACUCUGUCACCGGUGCAGCAGAGGUUCACUCUCAGGGCCAGCUGGUUCAGCUGAUCCGUAUGAGGAACCCCUGGGGACAGGUGGAGUGGACCGGGCCGUGGAGCGAUGGAUCCAGUGAAUGGGAAACGGUCAGUGCAGAAGAGAGGUCAAAGCUGAACCAUGUCGCUGAGGACGGAGAAUUCUGGAUGUCUUACAAAGACUUCAUGAAGUGGUAUGACAGGCUGGAGAUCUGUAACCUGACUCCAGACACAAUCCUGAGCGACGAUGUUGGGCACUGGAACCAUUACCAGUUUGAAGGGAUGUGGAGGGUCGGCUCUACGGCUGGUGGCUGCCGCAACUAUGCAGCCACAUUCUCAUCCAACCCUCAGUUUGUGGUGCGCCUGGAGGACGUGGACGACGAUCCUCUGGAUGAUGAGCAGGGCUGUACCUUUCUGGUUGGACUGAUGCAGAAGGACGGACGCCGGCAGAGGAGGCUCCGCCGUAGCCUUGAGACCAUUGGCUAUGCUGUUUAUAAGGUCCCAGAUGAGCUCAAAGGUCGCAGUAAUGUUCACUUUGGUCCGGACGUCCUGCUGCGGCAGACAGCCGUGGCCAACAGCAGCACCUUUAUCAACACACGAGAAGUGUGCGACCGCUUCAGACUUCCUCCUGGAGAAUAUGUCAUCGUUCCUUCGACUUUUGAGCCUCACAAGAACGCCAGCUUCCUCCUCAGGGUGUUCUCGGAAAAACAAGCUGCAACCAGUCCUAUGGAGGAAGACAUUGAUGCUGAUGUAAAGGAGGAGGCAGAAGUGUCUGAAAGCGAUGUUGAUCCUUAUUUUAAACAACUCUUCAAGCAGAUUUCUGGAGAUGACUGCGAGGUGUCCGUAUUUGAACUGGUUAGGAUUUUGAACAAUGUCGUCUCCAGCCGGUCUGAUAUUAAGACGGACGGAUUCCGCCUGGACACAGGCCGCCUCAUUGUCAGUCUGCUGGAUAAAGAUGAAAGUUCCAAGUUAGGACUGUUGGAGUUUCACCUGCUUUGGACCAAAAUCCAGAAAUACCUGGAGAUCUUCAAGAAACAUGAUUCGGACAACUCUGGCACCAUGAGCUCACACGAGAUGAGAUUAGCCGCCAAUGAAGCAGGUUUCCACAUCAACAGUGAGAUCCUGCAGGCCAUUGUCAGCCGGUACGCUGACGCUCAGUACGCAAUCGACUUUGACAGCUUUGUGGGUUGUCUCGUCAAACUGGAAAUGCUCUUCAAAAUGUUUAAGUCUCUGGAAAAAGCUGACAAAGGGAAAAUUGAGCUGAAUAUGCAGCAGUGGCUGUGCCUGGCGAUCCACUAACUGGUGACGACAAAGGGCCACUUUGUGUUCUCUGCAGGGAGAGGAAGCUCAAACCAUUUAAAUUAGAUUCCUGCUACUCAGACACUCUUAAAAAAGAGAUUUCAUUUCUCUGUCUGUGUCCCAAAGGCAUAAAACUUGCUAUAUAUUUAAUCAAUAAAUACAUGGAAUACAAA